GAAAGCGCGUAAGUCGGCAACUGGAAACGAGAGUUGCCCAGGUCGCGCGAUUUGAACACAAGUGCCUGCCAGCACGGUACCCGGAGGCUCCACAUCCAAGGCACCGGGACGCUUUUAUUACGCGUGCGUUCUCUGUUGGAACGGAGAAGGAUAUUUCCUAAUGUCUCUCUCAUCCUCGUUUUUCUAGAGAUGCGGUGCAAGUUGUGCCAUCCUUACAUCUUUGCACCACUGUCAACUUUGCAGGAUAAUGAGUCCGAUUUGACCAAUUAAAAGGGCCAAAAGAGACAGAGAAGUUAAUUUACUGAAAAUGUCCACGACGCACCUUAGCUCUCCGGCGCCCAACCAGAGCUACCUUUCCACGGCCACCUACGAGAAGACGGACCCCUCGGAGGUGAAGAGGCAAAUUCGCCUGCUGCUUUUUGGCUUGUGCGUAAUCAUCGCCGCUGCUACCUUUGUCGGAGGUGUGUAUUCGCUGCUGUCUCUCAUUCGGAUGAGGAGAAAAACAUCCCUAUGUCUCAUUGUGGCUUCCAUGUCGGUGGACGACCUGCUAAGUGUGGUCCCUCUCUCCUUGUUCAUGCUCCUACAGUGGGAGGCAGAUGGAGGUGGAGGAUCGGGCAGCCUGUGCACUUCAUCUGGACUUCUGUACGUGUUCCAGGGUGUUUCUAGCAAUAUGAAGGCUUGCCUUAUAGCAGCCUACACUUUUUAUGUCACCAAGAGAUUUGGAGUGCUUCAAUCUGUCCGCAGGCCCCUCAGAGUGAUAUGGGCCAUUGUCGGUGUGUGGGCGGUCAGCCUUGCGGUCAGUGUGUUACCUUUGUGCGGAUGGGGCAGCUUUACGCCCGCGUUUCUCGGCUGUUUCCCGGAGAGCGACAGUUUUUACACCAUACUCCUUUUCUCUUUAUACUCCAUGUGUUUCUGCGGCUUGUUAUUUUUCUUCAUCCCUCUCACCUAUCAGCUGCUGUGCUCCAGGGAGUCCCAGAGGACUUUACUGUACCCCAGCUAUUUGGAAAUGGCGAGGGGACUGAGUGGCUCCGUUGCCCUCUGUGAUCUUCCUUCCUUUUCCCGGGACAGCCUGGACAAAAGUUUUGGUGCCUACAACGAGCUGAGCCCUAGUUCAUUUGGGACGGAGCUCAAAGAGAAAGAGGACAGCGGUGUGUCCCCAGUGUCUGUCAGAGGGCAGAGGAUGGCUGCUGUCGGGGACACUCCGGUCGUGUUUGCACAAAAGCGCUUCUCCAUGAUCCUGGCGGUUGUUCGAGUUAUUUUAUGGAUGCCAAUGAUGACUUUGGUGCUGGUGCGCCACGCAGUGAAUGCACGCAGCUCGUCCCUGGAGACGCUGAGCUUCUUUCUCACUCUGCUUGCCCCUGCGGUCACUCCAUUAUUCGUGCUGUCUGAGCGCUGGAUCCACAUGCCAUGUGGCUGCUUCAUUAACUGCAAACGGGAUCCAAUGCAGGAACCUUCAGUGAUGAAAAGAAAAUUUGAGUUCAGUCUUUCUUUCCAACAAGGCUAUGGGGUCUACAAGUUGUCACAUGCCGCCAUGUCUCAUAACAGUCCACCCCUUGAGAAGCCUGCCUAUCACAACCUCUUUAACUGUGACUUCACUAAUACACGUCUGGAUGCACUAGAAAGUGGCGGGCUCUCCAGCCUGGGCCCUGAUUUUGCUUUCAGCACCACCUGCCCCGUGGACAGCGCCUCUCGAGCAGACCUUCUAUUGGAAGCGGUGGCCGGUGGAGGAGAGGCACUGGCCGAUUGUUCUACACUCCCUCAUGAGAACCACAGAGAUGGCGACGACUUCUGCCGUGUCCCUUCGCUACCUUCUCAUCACCAGGAGCAUGAUCCCAAUCUCACUGACACGUCGUCUGUGUUCGAGGGCCCGGAGAGGAGGCUGUCACAUGAGGAGUGUCGGAAAAUUGAGCUGACAGACUGGGAGUGGUGCAGGAGUAAAUCAGAGAGAACACCCAGACAGCGGUCAUCAGGUGGUCUGGCAAUCCCCCUGUGUGCCUUUCAGGGCACCGUAUCUCUGCAAUCACCAAUCACUGGAAAGACCCUCUCUCUCUCCACCUAUGAGGUCAGCAGUGAUGGACUCAAAAUCUCCAACAAUGCCAAGAAGGUGGAAGUGUAUCGCUCGAAAUCAGUUGGUCACGAGCCCAGUGCAGAUGAGCCAGCAUCCGGAGGCCAGGCAGGAGAAGUGAAUGUCAGCAGCGUAGGGAUGGGCAUGGAGAUCGGAUUGGAGUUGGGCGUCGGAGCUAGGGUUGGCGACACCAACGUCAAGAUCCACCUCGAGGUCCUGGAGAUAUGUGACAACGAGGAGGCCAUGGACAGUGUGUCCAUCAUCUCCAACAUCAGCCAGUCGUCCACCCACACCCGCUCGCCGUCGCUGCGUUACUCACGAAGGGAGAACCGCUUUGUCUCCUGCGACCUGGGUGAGACGGCUUCCUACUCUCUGCUCAUCCCCAACAGUGGCAACCAAGAGGCAGAGACCAUCAAUAUCACUAUACCUGACACUGUGGAGGCUCACCGGCAGAACAGCCGACGGCAGACGCAGGAGAGCUCAGGGUAUCGUGAGGAGAUACAGCUGCUCAAUGAGGCCUACAGAAAGCAAGCUGGGGAGAAGGAAGGGUGACAUACAUACAGGAUGAAAAGAAGGUGUCUCUUAGGAGGAGGUUGACGGAGCACUUCUGACGGCGAAGGAUGAAAGACGAAUUUCCUAAUCAUUCUAUAUUUAAUUCUUUCUGAUCACCACUCUAAUAGAACUGAGAGGGGACCCAAAUAGAGACUAAAGACUGUUAGAAUUGUUUGUUUGCUUAAUAUUGUACUUCCUCUACAGAUAGCAUCACGAGUGUACAUGUCUGCAUAGCAGAGUUAGAUGAGCCUGGAAAGAAAGAGAGGUGAUUACAAAUUGAGGAAAAUGAGAGAGAGAGAGAGAGAGAGAGAGAGAGAGAGAGAGAGAGAGAGAGUCAUCGGAAGGGAAAGGAAGGACAGCGAAAACAGUAUUCCAGCAGUGCAUCUAUAUUCCUUGCAAGAGUUUCAACCAUAUGGCAGCCUGUCACAUCUAAAAUAGAUACAGCGAAAGAGACAUUCACUUAGAAGUGGAAAAUGAGGGGCCCAGGUCUAGUCACAUGCUUGAUAUGAAGCUGCUCCUGUUCGUUACGUCAUGGGUGACUCAGCCGCGAGGGGAGGGGUCACCUGGUCCAUGUGUCUGACUCAUCCCAGUGUGUGUUGUUGUGCAUUUUUUUGUGUGUGAGAAGUAGCCUUGCCUGUAAGGAUGAGGGUAUACAUAUGAGAGUAAUGGUUUGUGAUGUCAGCUACCAAAAGUAUUCACGUGUUUCUGCAUAUAUUUGUUUUAACUAUGGUGUGUGUUUUCCCUUGUGUCCAGCUGCUAUGGGUCCAUCAUGUAUUUACACAAAUAAUCUUGCUUCUAUCAAAUGAGAAUGGGGAGGCGAGAGAAAGGAAAAGAGAGGCCAAGCAUUUGAGGGAUAGUGCAAUGCAUUAUUGAAGAAGAGGGGAUACUUAUGUAGAGUUUUCUGCCUCAUGCACGUUUGGUGCAAUUUAAAUGAGUGACAGCGUGCAUAUUUUACUACAGUAAGCAGCAUAUGAAUGUACAUUACAGAGACACUUUGGGGGAUCAUCUCUCUGCCUGCUCAGUUCACUGCCCAUCAAAUCACUUUCUGUAUCGAAUACGUACAUACAUUCAGGACUGGAAUACAUUUUUUAUAGAUAGUAUUAUGCAUUUCAGUACUGUUAUUGAAUGAUAACAUAGACUGUGAACAUCUACCAGAAGCAUAUACAGUACAUCUUUAUUCUCUUUCACAGAUAAUAUAUUCGUCACCUAUAUGUACAUUUACAUGUACAUACAUGUGUGUAUACAUUGCAGUAACCUAGAAAAAAUGGGUAUUCAGAGUAACUUUUACGAUUGUGUCUUUUUAUCUUUCAGCAGUUUGGUUGCAUGAUCUUCAACAACACCGGCAUUUUUGGACUUCAUUUACAGGCUUUUAAAUUGUCCUUUAGCGAGUCCACUUCAUCAGCUGCGGCAUGUUCCAUCCUUCUGAACAUUGUUGUCAUUAAAGAUUCAUACCAGAAAAUUGCCUCCAACUGGAUUGCAAUGCAUUUCCAUGUUAAGUGCUCCCGGGCAACAUGUAAAAGAAAAUGAUGUACAGGCAUAUGAAUCAUAAUGAAUGUAUAUUUGUAUUUAAUGUCAACCAUUUUAGUUGUUAGUGGUGUCAAUGGUUUUCAGCUGAGCAGAGCUUCAUCUCCGCAGCCCAACAGAAUGGAAGUAAUUAGAUCAUCUGCUUAUUCUUAUUCUCUCUAAACAACAACAGUUCAGCAACUGGUCAUUCAACCAUUCACAUAAACCCUUUGUGAUCAAUAAAUUGUUAUUUGCUUUGUUUGUGAGAAAUUGGGAGAUGCACAUUAGCAUUACAAAUGUGUGUUUACUCAGUCAUGUUAACCAUCUGGACUGAUUCGGUAACACACAACCUACUCAACUGGGAUCUUUAUUACAGAAUAAAAGCAAAUAAAGUGCAUUAGCUACCAUCA